UGUUUCAAAGACUCCCAGGUCAAACCUUAGGGACCUCAGAACAUUUAGAGAAAUAAAACGUCUGUGAGCCUGGUCCAGGCAAAUCCCAUGCAGAUGGGAGUUUGUCCCCUUCGGGUCCCUGAAGUCCUGGCUACUGCCAGCAUGGAGUGACCUGCAUCACCUCUAAGGGCCAGGUAAGGAUUCAGCAGCCGACUCCUCAGCUUCUGCAGGACACUGGUGGCAUAGCCAGAAAGAUGGUUGGAAGGCGUCAAGGCAUGGGGAAGGGGCUGAGGGUGACCUGAGUGUGUGUGAGGGGCAGCCCUGCUGCAGUCUAAGCCUUUGAUUCCCAACUCUGUGCACAGUUACCCCUGGACCCUGCCAUGUGGCCCAGCCACUUGUACCUGGGAUAGGGGCUAAGCCAGGCUGCUCUCUCCUCCAAAGAGAGGCAGCCCGUUUGCUUUCCCGUUUGCCUUUGCAGAGACAGACCUCGAUCCCCAUUCAAGGCAAGCGGCAGCCCCUGUAAGCACAGGAGACAGUUCCAAGUAUCAGUGAGAAGGAUCCCUUUCCCGAUGGGGCUGCCUGUACCCAGUCCCUCCCAGCUUCCCCAGGGCCCUGGGGCUUUGCAGGCGUUCAGAAGUGGCAGCCAGCCGCAGCCCGGGACUGAAGAGGUUAAUGUGCAUCUGCCUCCGAAUGUUAAUGUGUCUAGGUGAUGUCAGUGGGAGCCGGGAAGGAGGGAGUGGGGAGGGCAGUUGGGCUUGGAGACGGCAGAGGCUGCCAGGCUGCUGAGGAAGACCCCCUUCCUGACUGUGGGGCUUUUGCUCCGGGACAAGGUGGCCGGCACUGGAGGCUGCCGCAGCCUGCGUGGGCAGAGGGGAGCUCAGCUCAGUUGGGGGAGCAGGAGACCGGCACUGGCUGGAUGGACCUGGAAGCCUCGCUGCUGUCCACUGGCCCCAACGCCAGCAAUACCUCUGAUGGCCCCAACAACCUCACCUCGGCAGGAUCCCCUUCUCGCACGGGGAGCUCCUACAUCAACAUCAUCAUGCCUUCUGUGUUCGGCACCAUCUGCCUCCUGGGCAUCGUCGGGAACUCCACGGUCAUCUUUGCGGUGGUGAAGAAGUCCAAGCUGCACUGGUGCAGUAAUGUCCCCGACAUCUUCAUCAUCAACCUGUCGGUGGUGGAUCUCCUCUUUCUCCUGGGGAUGCCCUUCAUGAUCCACCAGCUCAUGGGCAACGGGGUGUGGCACUUUGGGGAGACCAUGUGCACCCUCAUCACGGCCAUGGAUGCCAACAGUCAGUUCACCAGCACCUACAUCCUGACCGCCAUGGCCAUUGACCGCUAUCUGGCCACCGUCCACCCCAUCUCCUCCACAAAGUUCCGGAAGCCCUCUGUGGCCACCCUGGUGAUCUGCCUCCUGUGGGCCCUCUCCUUCAUCAGCAUCACCCCGGUGUGGCUCUAUGCCAGACUCAUCCCCUUCCCAGGAGGUGCCGUGGGCUGUGGCAUCCGCCUGCCCAACCCGGACACUGACCUCUACUGGUUCACCCUGUACCAGUUUUUCCUGGCCUUUGCCCUGCCUUUUGUAGUCAUCACGGCUGCGUAUGUGAGGAUCCUGCAGCGCAUGACAUCCUCAGUGGCUCCCGCCUCCCAGCGCAGCAUCCGGCUACGGACAAAGAGGGUGACCCGCACAGCCAUUGCCAUCUGCCUGGUCUUCUUUGUGUGCUGGGCGCCCUACUAUGUGCUACAGCUGACCCAGUUGUCCAUCAGCCGCCCCACCCUCACCUUUGUCUACCUGUACAAUGCAGCCAUCAGCUUGGGCUACGCCAACAGCUGCCUUAACCCCUUUGUGUACAUCGUGCUCUGUGAGACAUUCCGCAAACGCUUGGUCCUGUCCGUGAAGCCUGCAGCCCAGGGGCAGCUUCGCACUGUCAGCAACGCUCAGACAGCUGACGAGGAGAGGACAGAAAGCAAAGGCACCUGACACUUCCCUGGCCACCCUGGACACCUCCGAGUCAGGACACCACAGCAAGCCACCGAGAGAGAUGCCGAGAAAAACCCAAGACCACUCUGGGGGAAUGCAGGGAGGCUGGGUGGCAAGAGGUUACGGCAAUGAAAUAAAUACAUUCCAUGGGGCCCAUACAUUGUGGGGAGGCCUAGAGUUAGGUUUGGUGGUUUCAGAUAUCAGAAAUCCCCUUGGGGGAGCAGGAUGAGACCUUUGGGUAAAACAGAAGCUGAGCAAGAGAAGAUGUUGGUUUGGAUAAUUGGUUGAGCACUAUAUCUGUGAGCUCUCAAAUGCCUUUUUCCCGAGGGAAAAGGUGGAAGGCUAUGGACUGGGUUUGUUUAAAGUCAGGCAGGGCUGGAGUGUGAGCAGCCAGAGCCUUGUUACACAAGGCCUGGGAGAUAGGAAAGGGCCCAAACACUCUUUCCCACCUCUUACUGGUAUGAUGGAAGGCGGCCUUUCUCCCAAGCUGGUGGAUGAUGAAAAACGAAGCGUACCAUCUCUCUGCAUUCCAGCAUCCUGUCAAUUUCCCUUUUACUUCAGAGGGUGCAUGUUUAUUUGGGGGGGCGGGGAUCUGGCGCUAAGCCCACAGGAGUAAAAGCCCAGUUUGGUAGGAGGUCUGCCUACUGAGAAUGACAAGGUGACCUGGGGUGGGUGUGGGGUGUGGGUCUUAAAACUAAUAAAAGUUGGGGGGGGAGCUUUUGCAGCUCUGGUGACAUUCUCUCCUUGGGGCAUAUUUGCUGAGUCGCUAAUCCAGCGUGAGUGUCCAUGUAUUCUGCAUGUGCGGGGGCCAUUCUAGUGCCUGCUGUGCUGGCAUCAUCUUUUUCCUCUAGCCCUUCCUCUCCAAAAUAAAAACAAAGGAAAAUCUCCACCCACA